CUGAGAGCUCACCACUUUUGCCGCACAGGAAAAGAGAUUGCAGUCCUUCCAAAAGGCAAGGAUGACGGAUUCAAUGCCAAAGCUGUUGUUAAGCGAAGAGCCCAGAAACUACUAGAUGCUAUUGGUGAAAUUGAAGACGAGUGUGGCCCUAUUCAUGCUGACAAURUACAACCGGAGCAAGCCCCAAGAACAUAUGAAGAGCAAUCUACAGCCUGUGUCACAGGUGCCACUUAUGAAGAGCCUCCAUCAGAUGCGUCGAUGGAAGCAGAGACUUCUCAGGAAGUGGUAAAAAUAUCCAGAGCCAAGGAGACYGGAGAAAUAACUCAGCUUGAUAAAGUAGAAGAUCCUGAAAAAGAAGUUAUGGUCACGUGUGUAAAGAAAAGACCCCUUCUUUCCACAGGCGAAUGCCCCGUGUGUGGCGAGAGAAGGAAGCACCUUCGUGCGCACCUUGCAACCAACAAGCCAGGGCAUGGCUGGUCUUCCGAAAAAUAUGAGCAGUGGCUUUUCCAAAAACAGUCAGAACAACGGAAAGACCGGCAUCGCAUACGUGCUUGCCCUGCAAAGAAAUGUACCUGGUCAGGGGUGAAAUUGGAGAGACAUCUUAACGUCCAUCACGACAUUGAUAUUGGAAGUGAAAAAAUGGCAAGGUUAAAAGCAAAGAGUAAGAUCAUCAGCAAAAAAGAAAAAAUGAUAACCACAACCAAAGACACUCCAAAUAAUACUCAAGAUGAUCAAAGCAGUAAAUCGAAAAAACAAGAAGUGGAUGGAAAAAAGCCAUUAUCCAAGUUCAAGAUGGCUUUGCUAAAACUGGCAAAGGAUGUCGAGACAAAGAAAAAAUGCCCUCUGGCUUUAGAUAGCGAAAGCGAAGAGCAAGAAGGUAGUGAAUGGGAUGAGCGUGACGAAAACGACGAGAGUGAAGACGAGAUUAGCGAAGACAAUAAAGACAGUGAAGAAAACGAAGCGUGUAAAGAGCAAGAGAUGGAUGAAAGUAUCGGCGACGAUGUUAGUGAUGACAAUGAUAAUGUUCAGGGAAAAGAGGCAAACCUGGGACCAUAUGGACCAAAUUCAAUGCCCACUAACAUCUUUGAGUCAUUAGUUAGGGGCUGGAACAUCUAUCUUGCCACUCCAGAUGGCACUGAAAAGACACCAGCCAUGAUUCGUCAAAUGUGCCAGCACGUUGUGACCAUCGCCAAAGCUGUAGAUCCGAACGUUCGGGACCUGGGUGUCUUUUUGGACAAAGAUCGGCUUUACAAGCGCUUUUUUAAGCGUCAGAUUGAGUUGCGAAAGCAAGAAAAGUCACAAGGCCUUUGUAGUAAAACUUUAUCUUGCUACUCUUCAAGUCUUGAGCGCUUUCUUACCUAUGCCAUCAAGAGUAUGAAAAGGUCACUUUCAUCUGACAAGAGAGAGGCGCUGGAAGAACUGAAAGACACCCAAAGAAACUGGAGAGAGUCAUGGGGAAAGACGAUUGCCAAGCAACGAGCAGAUCAAGAAUGGAAGGCCCAAAAUGUCCUUCCUACAGUCCAAGAAAUCCGCAGCAUAAAUUCGUCAUCUCAUGUUAAAGAAAUGAGAGAGAUGAUCAUGCAUACCAGCAAUUACAGUCUCACCCCCGAAGAUGCUGUGAAUGUGCGAAACUACCUAAUCUUCCUGAUAAAUACAGAAAAUGCCAAUCGAGCAGGGCCUUGUGCC